CGAUCGUGGCAGGUUGGAUUUACCCCGUUUGUCACAGAGAAAAUCGGCUUGCCCAAUUUACGUUUUAGAUUGAAACAUUUACGUAUUUCUGCUUGUUCGUUUUUUUUCAGUGAAACUCGAAAGAAAAAAGAUUACAGCGUUAGGCGGGUUGCGAUUUAUUUCUCUAAAUAAAGCGUCCCAUUGCUGACAUUUCUUACAUUAAACACGCGACGGCAAGGUAUGGCGUUUUUGAGAACGGUGCCGCGUUGCAGUGCCGCUAAAAAGCUAAGGAAGUAUCUACCACUUCCUGUCGGGUUUCUCGAGAACGUAACGAAGCCAUUGGUGCAGUUGGUGCAGGUGCACGAACGUGAAUACACCAGCACAACUGCUGAUGGGAAGCCGGCUGUACGACAGAUUGAUCCUUUGGAUUUGAACUUUAACGAUCCAAUUGCGGCUUUUAAGAGUAAAACCCUGAAAGAACUGAUUCGUGCUUACGUCGUUUAUCAACUAUGUUCGAUCGGGUAUAUCGUCGAGAACAAUAUGAAGCUAAUGAAAUUCAGCAAACAGUUAUUUGGCGAGAGGCUUUUUGCGAGGAUUAUGAAGGCUACAUUUUACGGUCACUUUGUCGCUGGCGAAGACGAGGUACAAAUCACUCCAGUCCUGGAUAGAUUGCGACAAUUCGGCGUGAAACCGAUUCUUGAUUAUUCCGUUGAGGAAGACAUCUCACAGGAGGAAGCUGAACGGCGUGAAAUACAAGCGUCAGUGUCAGAAGCUGGAGAUGAGAAAAGGGAAGGUGUCUUAAAGAAGUACCAUGUCGCGAAAACGUUCGCGGAUCGUCGAUAUAAAGUAUCAUCGGCAAGAACGUACUUCUAUCUUAAUGAAGCAAGUUGCGAACGGAACAUGGACAUAUUUAUCAGAUGUCUCGAGUCUGUAGCCGUUGCUUCAACGGGAGUUGGCUUUACCGCCAUUAAAUUAACUGCUCUUGGUCGUCCUCAACUUUUACUUCAAUUAUCAGAAGUAAUUAUGCGAGCACGACAGUACAUGUCGGAUGUAGUUGGUGGCGAAGGUGCCGUUUUGACUCAUCAUGCUAAGCCUGAUGAUUUUAGGAAAAAGUUUGAAGAGGCACAUAUUAAAGAUGAAGCACCGGUACAAAAGUUUCUGCAAAAACUUCAGUCGGAUAAAGAAGGAGUUAUUCACUUGUUCCCAUGGAGUGGCAUUCUGGACGAGAAUUACGAGCUCAGCGAAACAUUCCAAGUACCAGACAUUAAAACGGGAAAAAUGGUGAGGCUUAUGACCCAACUCACGUCUAAGGAAGAAGAAAUGUUCAGAAACAUGAUAAGACGUCUGAAUAAUAUCGUUACGGUGGCUGAUAAAUUAAACGUACGUAUAAUGAUAGAUGCCGAACAAACGUAUUUCCAACCUGCGAUAUCGCGGUUAACGUUGGAGAUGAUGCGCAAGUACAAUACACAUAAGGCCGUGGUGUUCAACACUUACCAGACAUAUUUGCAAGAGGCUUUUAAUGAAGUGAAAACGGAUCUGGAACAGGCUGAACGUCAGAACUUCUACUUUGGCGCUAAACUCGUCCGUGGCGCAUAUAUUGAACAGGAGAGAGCAAGAGCAGCAGCAAUGGGUUACCCUGAUCCAACAAAUCCUACGUACGAAGCUACAACUGAGUCUUACCAUAGGACUUUGAUGGAGUGCUUAAGGCGGGUGAAACAGUACAAAGACAAAAGAGAGGAUCCGAAAAAAAUCGGAAUUAUGGUUGCGUCCCAUAAUGAGGAUACAGUACGUUUUGCAAUUGAAAAAAUGGAGGAAUUAGGAAUCUCACCAGAGGAUAAGGUGAUUUGUUUUGGCCAGUUGUUCGGAAUGUGUGAUUAUAUAACAUUUCCACUAGGCCAAUCUGGAUACUCUGCGUACAAAUAUAUUCCUUACGGUCCAGUCAAAGAAGUAUUACCAUAUCUUUCUCGGCGUGCACAAGAGAACCGAGGCAUACUUAAGAAGAUCAAGAAAGAAAAACGUCUUUUGUCGAAUGAAAUUCUGAGGCGUUUCGCGAAGGGGCAAAUAUUUUACAAUCCGAAGGGAAAUUAUACUCCCGUCUGAGCUAUUAGUUGUUUCAUUUGCACAGACAGAUUUUAAGUAUCAAACUUAAGUAGUGAUUGUAAAUUAUUCAAAAGAAAAAAAGACUUUUGUGGUACGCAAAAUAAACGCGCGCGCGUCGGAGUGAAUGGAAGAAAUAUGCAGUGUUAUUCAUUAUACAAAAUUGCCUUAGUGUGAAUAUUAUCAAGUGCAAACUGCUCAAUAUCGCACCAUGUGGUAGAACUAUGUUCAUUGCUCGUUAUGUCUAUUAAUUAAAAGGCUCUUCGCAGUGACCGCGCUAUGACUUUUAUAAACA